GUUGAGUCUGCCUCUCUCCCUCUCUCCGUCAUUGAUAUUUUUUUACGUUGAUAUUAAUACUAUUCUUUGUUCCAAAGUUUGUUUUUUUGUUUUUUGUGCUCUCUCUCUUUAUGUCCGUGAACUAUGUGGUUUUCUGGUAUUCUCAAGGAGAAAGAACUAGACAUUGAAUUGAAAAGUAGAUUUAAAUUUACUUUAACUCCUCGAACGAAACCAAAAAAGUUUAGAAAAAAGUGUCGUGAGCAUAGUUAUUUUCUGCUCUUAAUCUUACAUAAAUAAAAUUGAAUCAAAACCUAAAAAGUGAAAAUGGGAGUCCGAGGAUUAACUACUUACGUUAAUUCAAAUCAAGAUUCUUUCCUUCAAUAUUAUUUACUCCACGAUACGUACCUCAUUAUUGAUGGGAACAGCAUGUGUGCUCAACUCUAUAGGUCGCUCAAUUGUUUUUCUGCUUUUGGUGGUGAUUAUGACAAAUACGCAAUAUAUGUGAGGAAUUUCUUUAAAAAUUUUAGAAAAUGUAAUAUUACACCAUUUGUGAUAUUUGACGGAAGCCAUGAAGUUAGGAAAUUAAAAACAGCUUAUAGUCGCUUAAGAUCUAAAAUCAAUGGGGCUUCUCGUUUAGAUGCUGUCACUCAAGGGAGCCUCCAGAUCUUUCCCUUGCUUUUAAGAGAAGUAUUUAAGCAAAUACUUGCAGAAAUGAAUAUACUAUACACGGUAUGUGAAUUUGAAGCCGACGAUGAGAUUGCAACAAUGGCAAGGAACUUAAAAUGCCCUGUAUUAAGUUAUGAUUCUGAUUUUUUCAUUUACAAUGUAUUGUAUAUACCUUUUAAUACAUUGGAACGUAAAGCUAAACCAUUCUAUGUAGACGGUAAUAAAAUACAGGCAAUGGAAUGCAAAAUCUACAGGGUACAAUAUUUGACUGAAAACUUUGGUGGACUCAAAGAAGAGAUGUUACCGUUAUUGGCAACUUUAUUGGGUAAUGAUUAUGUGGAGAAAAGAGUGUUUAAUAAGUUCUUUUCCCAGUUAAAAUUGCCAAAAAGCAAAAAGUGUAAGAAUGAACAGCAGAGGUGCAUUCACGGAAUUUUUAAAUGGCUACAGAAUGAAACCUUGGACUCUGCUAUAUUCAAAAUAUUGGGAAGAGUUAGGAAAGCUCACAAAGAUAAAGUUUUAUCUGUUAUCAAACAGAGUAUUGAUGGAUAUAAUAGGAAACAUUGUAAAUCACUUAAAUAUUUUAAUAUCUGUAGCGAAACCAUUACAAAUUAUUCAAAAGAAUUUCAAUUAACUACUAAAGUUGAUAACGAUUCAUAUGAUGAGACAGUUGAAGAUUCAAUUGAUGAUGAUUCUUCAGAAGAGGAUGCACAAUCUACAGUAGGUUCUACAGAAGAGAAUGCUACAGAUGAUGAUCUCAAUCAACCAGAUUGGUAUACGGAUGCAGUUAGAAACAAUCAUAUACCUCAAUCUCAUUUGAACCUUUUCACGCAUCAUUUAUAUUUUUGUAAUCCUCAAGCUGAAGAUUAUGGUAGUGAAGAUUCUUUUUUAUGUACUUUGCCUAUAUUGAGAUAUAUAUUUGAUAUAUCCACAGAUUUCUCCCAUGAUUAUUGUACUUAUGUUUCAAGGGAAAAGGAUUCCACAUAUCGCAGGAUUUUUGUAGGUAGAGAGCAUUCUAUUUCUAGAAUACUAGAAGUUCCAUUUCAAGAGUUGACGGGUGAACAGUUGCAAAAAUAUUUCCAUCAUUUCUUAACGGAAAAGUUGCCAAGUUUAGAUUUAAAUGAUCUAGUUUUAUUACCAAAUAACUUUCAGUUGUACAUGAUAUCCUUACUUUGGUGGGUAAUAAAUUGUAAUGUACCAUUAGCUCAUGUUCACAGUUUGUUUGUAUGCUAUUUAAUGUUAGAAGUAGUCGAUGAACGUACUGGCACUUUCCGUGGUCAUAAGCAGUUUGUUCAGAACUAUUCUAGAAAGAUUGAUGAGUUAAAAAAGGAUAAUAAUUCAUACAUUUCUAAAGAGGUAGAUGAAUUAUUUCUAAAUAAGUGUAAAGUACAAUAUGAAGAUUGUUUAAUAGCUGCCAAUGCAUUAUUGAAGCAUUUUGAAAUAGAUGACAGUAUCCAUAAACGACCUAAAAGUUACGAUGUCAAAAAGGUGCACAGUUUUGCACAAUUCCAGUGUUGCUUGCAGCAGUUUAACUCAUUGAAUACUCUUUGCCGUCACCCAUAUAAAAGUACAAAAUAUCAUAAAUGUUUUAAUGGUACAUUUGUUUACAAUAUAGCAUUAAAAUUAGAGAAUCAAAGUGAUCCUAUGAAAUUCAUAGAACAGUAUUUGUAUGGGUCUAAUAGUGUACUUAUGUUUUAUAGAAGUUUAUGUGUCAUUUAUGAAAAAUGCACCAUCAAGAUGGGUUUAAAAAAUUUAAUAAAAACCACUUACAAAAAACCAAGAAGAAGAAGAAAUAAGAAAAUUGAAGAUGUUGAUGAAAUAAUAAAUUAUUUCCUUGUAGAUGGGUUUGAAUCAGAAGUGAAAAUUUAGAUACUUUUUACCUACCUAUAUAUAUUUUUACUUUUUUAAAGAUGUUUAUUUAAUAAGAUUAUUUUUCCAUAAAUAUUGUUUUAUUUUCGUAUACAUAUUUAAGAUGCAAAGGAGUUUAGGUUGAUGAAAAAUUAUCUCUUCAUUUUCCUUGUGCACCGCUAGUAAGAGGUGUAAUAGUGUAUUAAGAUAGUGCGUACAGAAAAUAGAUCUGUAGAUCUAGAUGGGAUUCUAUUCAUGGUGGACUAACCCCAUCGGGGGCCCGGGGCGGACCUACAACUUUUACCAA